GGACCCUUUGGGUUCCUUGAUCCCAUCCCUGCACCCCUCUCCUUGACCCUGGCAUUCCCAAAUCCCUUCCCAGCUCUCCCAUUCCCCCUUUCAUUGAUCCGUGAUCCCCCCAGACCCCCCAAAUCUCUGUGUCCCCCAGUUCUCCAUUCCCUGCGUUACCAAGAAGUGGCGGUGUCUGAGCCUGGCCCGGGGGUCCCCCAGUUCAUGAUCAUGGGGUACCUGGAUGGGAUCCCCUUCACACGCUACGACAGCGAGCGGGGCCGGAUGGAGCCGCUGACACCGUGGAUGAAGGAUGGACCCGAGCCGGGAUAUUGGGAAAGGGAGACUGAGACCGCCAAGAGGAACCAGCGCGUGGCUGCUGAGAACCUGGAGACAGCGCGGGGCCGGUACAACCAGAGCGGGGUGGGGAUCCAUGGGAACUAUAUAGAGCAUUGGAUGGAUUACGUGGAGCACACCUGCAGGAAAGAUCUCCAGGAAUUCGUCGGAUAUGGGCAGGAGGAGCUGAAGCGCAAAGAGCCCCCUGAUGUCCAUGUGUCUGGAAAAGAGGAAUACGGGAUCCUGACCUUGUCCUGCCACGCGUACGGAUUCUACCCCAGGACCAUCGCAGUCAGCUGGAUGAAGGGGGAUGAAAUCCGGGAUCAGGAGACGCAGUGGGGCGGGAUCGUUCCCAACAGCGACGGCACCUUCCACACCUGGGCCAGGAUCGAGGCGCGGCCGGAGGAGCGGGAGCAGUACCGGUGCCGGGUGGAGCAUCCCGGAAUGCCGGAGCCUGGGAUUUUUGCUUGGGAUGAGCCAAAAUCCAGUGUGAAUCUCAUCCUGGUGGUCACUCUGUCCAUCAUCGCUGUCAUUGCUGUCAUUGCUGUCAUUGCCAUCGGAUUUGGCCUCUGGAAGCUCCAAUCUGGGAGGAGGCAGCACUCUGGAUACAGCCCUCCAGCCSGAAAAGACGUGGGAAACAAUGGCUCAACUGCAGGUACGGAGCGGGAUCAGGGUGGGAUUGCAGAGGGGGAUCGGGGCAGGGUGGAUGGAGUGGGAUCAGGGAGGGAUUCCGGAUCAGGGGAGGGGUCCAGGGCAGGACCUGGUGGAAAUGUAGAGCGGGAUCAGGGCUGGAUUCUGGAGUGGAAUCGAGGUAGGAUGGAUGGA